CUGUGAGGUUGUGAGUAUCCGGGUGCGUCUGGCGGCUCGCUGUGCUUCAGCAUCGCCUCCCUCACUGAACAUGGGGGAGAAGUCAGAGAACUGUAGGAUUCCAGAGGAUCUGAUCAAUAGUUUGAAGGUUACAGAUACUCAGGAAGCAGAGUGUGCUGGCCCUCCAUUUCCUGAUCCCAAAGGUCAGCAUUCCCAGAGUAAGCUCAGAGAUGAUGAGGCCCAUCCCCAGGAGGACCAGGGAGAAGAGGAGUGUUUUCAUGACUGCAGGGCCUCAUUUGAGGAGGAGGAGGCAGGAGUGGACAAGGUUGAGAACAAACCUAAUGAUGAUGUGAAUUCCUCUGAACUAGAUGAAGAAUACCUCAUAGAACUGGAAAAAAACAUGCCAGUUGAAGAAAAACAGAAAAGAAGAGAGGAGAGCACGAGACUAAAGGAGGAGGGGAAUGAUCAGUUUAAGAAAGGAGAUUAUAUAGAAGCGGAAAGUUCUUAUAGUCGAGCCCUCGAGAUGUGCCCCGCCUGCUUCCAAAAAGACAGGUCUAUACUGUUCUCAAAUAGAGCUGCUGCGAGGAUGAAACAGGACAAGAAUGAGAUGGCCAUCAAGGACUGCAGCAAAGCGAUUCAGUUAAACCCCAGCUAUAUCAGGGCAAUAUUGAGGAGAGCAGAGUUGUACGAGAAAACGGACAAGCUAGAUGAAGCCCUGGAAGAUUAUAAAUCUAUCUUAGAAAAAGAUCCAUCCAUACAUCAAGCAAGAGAAGCCUGUAUGAGAUUACCUAAGCAAAUUGAAGAACGUAAUGAAAGACUAAAAGAAGAGAUGCUAGGUAAACUAAAAGAUCUUGGGAACUUGGUUCUCCGACCUUUUGGGCUCUCCACGGAAAAUUUCCAGAUCAAACAGGAUUCCUCCACCGGCUCCUACUCCAUCAAUUUUGUUCAAAAUCCAAAUAAUAACAGAUAACAAAGAUAACAAUAGCUUUAAAAGCUGACUUGGAAAUUGUGUGCUGCUUGCUGUUAGCAAGGGGAAAGGCCCUGCCAGACUUAAACUUGAAAAGCAACUUAUAAGGACAGGCUGCCCACUAGGGCCUGUGCUCCCUCUGCCCUCUUGUGUUAUAUCAGGGUGAAAUGUACUUCCUGAUGUAAUGAGCCUAACCUGAUACCCAAUUUAAGGCGGUGUCUGUGCGGCUGUUGCCCUGGUUCUGCCUGUCCCUUGUUCAGGAAGAAGCCUGAGCCACACAGACACACAAGCCUCUCCUGACCCAAGCAAACCUGGUGGUUAGGAAACUGCACAGACAUGACAGAUGACAGACUCCCGCCUGCUGUUCCCUCCCCAUCACACACACUCUUGGGGCUGCUGCGUAGCCUCCAGCACUUCCUGAUUUCCUCUAUGGUAAUAAAAGCUUUCUGUGCCGGUC